CAGGACCCCGGGAUCAUGACCGAAACCAAAGGCAAGAUGCUCAACCACUGAGCCACUCAUGGGCCCAGAAGACUACAUUUCCACACCCUGGAGGCUUUUGCAAAUGUCCGCAAAUGCUCAGCCAUCCGACCAACUUCUGAAGGGAAGCCAGCCCCACUCUCAGGGGAUCUCAGAGAUUUGAGAGGCUUGGGCCUCCUCGCACAUAUGCUUUGGGCACCCUUGGCCACUGCCCUCUGUGCGCAUGCGCAGGGAUGCCAGCUUCUGAGGUGCGCAGGCGCAUUCGCAUUUAGCAGUGUUGCUAGGUUACACUGGUUCUGCGUGGGAAGAUUCUAAGUCGUUGGGCUUAGUCCCUGAGACAUUGAGGCGAGGCCCACUUGCCUUAUUGCUGGCGCGGGAGUGUAUCGCACUAGAGGCGGUGAAACCUGUGUCACUGAAGCCUGUCGGCUUCAUUAUGAAAAAGAGAUCUACAGCGCGGAAUGGGUGGGGCCUGCUGCGCUUCGGCUUCAACCUCAGGCCUCUGAGGGACCGCUCACCGCCUAUGAUUGUUUCCAGCUUCCACAGCCCCGGCCCCGGAUACCACAUCAAGUAUCAAGAUCUCAGGAAAAUCCACAGAGCUGUGGUCGCUGAUGAUCCAGGAAAAUUGCAGGACGUAGAGCAGUUUCUGCUUUUUGAUUUAUGUGACAUCAAUGAAAGGGACAGGAAGAACAGGACUGCUCUCCACUUGGCCUGUGCCAUUGGCCGUGUAGAUGUGGUGAAGUACCUGCUCGCUUGGAAAUGCGAUGUCAACCUCCGUGAUGGAGAAAACAGGACAGCUCUAGUGAAGGCUGUCCAGUGCCAAAAAGAGGCAUGUGUAGAUAUUCUGCUCAAAAAAGGUGCUGAUCCAAAUGCUAAGGACUUCAAGGGAAACACCGCUCUCCAUUAUGCGGCCUUUGAGGGGAAUAUCUUAAUAGCACAGAAGCUGCUUUUUAACAAAGGAGAGAUAGAGGCCAAAAACAAGGAUGGCCUCACACCGCUUCUAGUUGCUGUAAAUGAAAAAAAAGAGAAAAUGGUGGUAUUUUUAUUAGAAGAAGCAAAUAUAAAUGCAGUUGACUACACUAAAAGGAGUUGUCUCCACUUGGCCUGUGCCAAUGGCCAUGAAGAUAUGGUGAAGCUCCUGGUAGAUCGGAAAUGCCAGCUAAACCUCCGUGAUGUUGAAAACACGACCGCUCUACUGAAGGCUGUACAAUCCCAAGAUGAGGCAUGUGUAGAUAUUCUGCUGAAACAUGGUGCUAAUCCUGAUCUAAAAGACAUCAAGGGCAACACUGCUCUCCAUUAUGCAGCAUUAGGGGACAAUGUCACAAUAGCACAGAAACUACUUUUAAAGAAAGUCAAUAUGGAGAUCAGAAACAAGGAUGGCCUCACACCGCUUUUACUUGCUAUAAAUGAAAAAAAAGAGAAAAUGGUGGCAUUUUUAGUAGAAAAAGCAAAUAUAAAUGCAGUUGACUACGCUAAAAGCUCAGAGCUUGAUGCCAGAGUCCGGGAAUUGAGCCCCACAUAGGGCUCCCAGCAGGGAGCCUGCUUCUCCCUCUGUCUAUGUCUCUGCCUUUCUUUCUGUGUCUCUCCUGAAUAAGGAAAUAUAACUGAGAAAAAAAAAUUUAGAGAGUCCAAGCAGAAACCUCUGAAACUGUC